AUGGAGAUACAGAACCUCCAUCCGGAGAUUAUAUUUCUCAUCUGCGAAAGCAUAUGUCCUCACUGCCAAAAGCUCGACGACGAUUGGCCCAAGGGUAGCCCUACGGGCGAGAAAGCACCGCGUCCCGCAGCGAAAGAACGUCGUCAGACAAUAUUCAAUCUCUCCUUUGUCUGCAAGAACUGGGGCUCUAUCGCACAAAAGGUGCUGCAUCAUCAUUUUGGCGCCUUUGAAACCCAUCCGAAAGCCGAAUUCUUGCUUUGCAGGACUCUCUCUGAGAACCCAGAGCUUGGAAACCAUGUGAAAGACGCUAGAAUAACACACAUUUCGUCAUACGACUGGAGUCUUAAUGGAGAAUGGCUUGCGAACUCCCUAAAUAAGUUCUCGGAAGUCCUUGACUUUCCGGGAACCACGGUGCCUGAUACCUCGGAAUGGGGAGAAUUCAUCGCACCCCUUAUUUUGCUCCAAGUUCCGAACCUAGAUCGCCUUCUGGUGCAGGAUAAACACUUCACAGAGAUCGUGAAAAAGUUUCGCAGGCCCUUCCUGAGGGAACAAAGUGUCCUCCCUCGACGUAUUAAAACAAUCUUUGUCAAGCCUCCGCCAAUUAUCAGCGAAAGCAGCACUGAUGGGUCCUUGGAUCUAUCUGAGGCCUCUGUGGGAGGAUUUCUAUCAGCAAUCCAAAGUCUUGGGGAUCUUACCUUAUAUAGGCCCAAUCCACAGUCACUCCGAGAUCGUCUGAAUCUCAUCAGCUUGCGAUCUUUGGCCUUAUCUGACACAUUUUUGAGCCGAGGAGAACUCCAGCUAUUACUUUCUGCUACGGGGCCUUUGGAGGAAUUUCGAUACAAUGGCGUGUAUCGUCCCGACCUUGAUGCUGUCACCCCUCAGGAUAUAUGUGAACUUCUGAUACCUAAGAAGCAUACCUUGGCACAGUUGCAUUUGGAGACUCCAUACACAGCCCAAUAUUUCACAGCAGGAAAGCACCUUGCUAAUGUGAGCUAUAUGCGUUUCUUACUCACAGGCAUCUGGCUUCCAACGGACGCAGAGCCAAUUCUAGAUGAACGCGCCUUACUGGAUAUAUUUCCACCAAAACUCUCUCAGAUAUGGCUCGACGUCUCGGAGAUUGCAUUCCCAGGAAGCGUAGAUGCUCUUGUCACUUAUAUCUUAUCGACUUGUCGAGAUCACCCUGAAGACCAAGUGCUACGACGGGUGUACCUACGGGUUCUCACAGCGGCUGAAAGGGGGGAUCCAGAAUUUCCCAUGGAAAUACACAGGUCGGCCUGGGAGGCAAUCAAGCAGAGGUGCGAGCCUUUCCUAAGGAACGGAAAAAUAAUCAUGUUACUCACAAGUUGCAAAACCGGACGCGUUGAGCAUUGA